AUGGUGCUCAUGGAGAGCUACUUCUUUUGUGCCUCGGUGCGACAGGGAGUCCUUAUAGUUAGCACCGUUGCCGCCCUGAAAAGUACCGUCCUUAUGUGGGUGAUAUUCACCAACGGAACGUCUUUCAUCUUUGGAAUGAUUCGCAUAAUGGAAAACCAUUACAAGACUAGCACCAUUGUCAAGGAAUCGGCUGACUGGGUGGAGAAGUAUCCCAAAGAGCUUUUGAUGUUUUUCCAACUUUACAGCUUUUGUCAUAUUAUAACGUGUAUUAUGGCGGCGUUUGGAGCUUUCAAGCUCAAAAAAUACCACGUUAUACCCCUGGCAAUCUUCGAGUUCAUUUACACAGUCCAAGUCACUGUUUUAGCUAUUAUAACCCUCCGGAUCGCCCGACAUAUAGUGCCCCUGGCAACCCUUAUCCUUCUGACCCUUGGACUGACAUCCUAUGCAAUGCUCGUGGCCUACGAUACUUUGGCCUUGAUUGCUUUCGUACAAAUUAUGUUUCUGGUGUGGAGUGAUCGAUACCAAAGGCUUUAUGGGCCCGAUCCCCUCAGCCCAAGCCCAACUGGAAUUCCUACACAGGGAAUUAAACAAAGUUUUCCAACUCCACAGCAACCAAUUGUUAUUUACGUAAUGCCAGUAGCAGGACAAAAGUUGUGGGACACGCCACAGGAGAAAUGGUGGCAGCACGACAAAUCUAAUACGAAGAUUCCGCAAAAAAGCCAACAGAAAGACUUUUCUGAGUUUUUCCAGCGGAAGGAGCUUAUGUCAAAUGUUUUGCUCCGCAACGCGAUAAAUGAAGAUUAUUUGCACAAAGAUAGAGCCAUAAUCUAG